GAGGGGAUGACGAGGCCUCCCUUCGCGUCAACUUGACCCGCGCCAGCCUGAGCAUCAACUUGGACGAAACCAUCUUGUUCGUCGAUCCAGCAAAUGAGACCUGACUUGCACUCGAUCGUGCGUAGAGCGCCAGGAACAGAGGAUCCGGGAUCCGGGAUCCGCGCGUUGACAAUGGUCAAUGAUCCCGUAGCGAUCGCAUCCAUAUGUAAUGAUAUAGCACAGUUAGAGCAGUAGGCCGGACCGUCGUGCGGGUGGCGAUGGAGCGUGAUUGGCGUUAUUUGUCAAGAGUGCAUCCAUCAAGCGCGUCAUAAUGCGAGCCAGACGUCAACCGAAAACCUUCAGAGUUUGCAUCCGUCCGCCAUGGAUCCAGAGGUGCCUCUGAUGUCCUCAGAGUCCCCCCAGCCUGCUCCGGAAGUCCUCACGAAGCUCGUCAACCGGCUACGCGCACUAACACUCACCCUGCUCCCUGUCGAGGUGGAUCCAGCAUCGAUCUCUGGACCUACGAGCCGAGUGAUCACACCCCAAGUUAUCAAGGCGUACAAGGCAGCUGCUGGCGACUUUCACGAGGCGCUUCCAUAUUGCCUGCUCCGGGCGCGCACUGAAUUCCUAUACGACGCGGACCACAACCCAGCAGACUAUGGCGAGAACAUCGGCCGAGCUACAGCAUGCGAGGUCCUCGCAAGAAGGAUCGUGCACGCGGCGCCUCCCGAUGCACUCAACACGAUCAUGUCGACGCGUUUCCAGCACAUUCAGAUAGACGGAGACAAGAGCGACAUGGCCAGUGCGCUUGAGAUGGCGAUUGACUCGCAUUGCACCAUCUUCCUUUCUUCUAGCGAAGCCCAGGAUGUUGUGAACGCUCUAUGGAAGGGGGAAAUCAUCCAGCAAAACAAUGAGAAUCAUGACAUCGAUUUCGUACGGUACUCGGACACGCGUUCCAGCGACUCCUUUUUUGCCCGCUUGGAUCCAUCGAGAAUGUCCGUGCCACGGUAUCAAAACAUGUUCCGAAUAGUCGUUUGGUUGUUCUUCCUCUUUGUGUAUUCCCAAGCAGUGAGGCAACCGCUCGAGAGAUCGCAAGGUCCGCGCGAGCUUGACGAGUGGGAGAUUGCGCUGUACACUAUGACUCUGGCGUUUAUGGUCGAAGAUCUGAGUCGAUUAUACAAGCUCCUCAAGUUUGUCACGUACCGCGCUUACAAUUUCUGGAUGGUUGUAUCCUUUAUCACGAACGGAAUCCUGACUGCCGCGUUUGUUUUGCGCGUGGUCGGAAUGACCGGGCAAGAAGAAAAGGCUGCGGAUCUGCGCUUGAAGAGUUUCCAGAUUUUGAGUUUUGCUGCGCCUUUGCUAUGGAUGAGUGAGUCCUCACUUUCCGAAUGAAGCAGCGAAAUAAUACCUUAAAUCAGAGCUGAUCACGGUGUUCGACGGAUAUAAAUAUGUCGGGACAAUGCAGAUUUGCGUUUCCCGCAUGCUGCAAGAGUCUAGCAUCUUCUUCGCGCUUUUGUCCGUGCUGAUUAUCGGAUUCUGGCAAGGACUCUAUGCUCUGGAUGCGUCUGACGGAAGUGCUGAAGGUUCUGGCACGAUCGCCAAUGUCCUGGUGCAAGCGCUAUUGCAAUCCCCCGACUUUGGAAAGUUCUCUAACAGCACGAUGGGACUCGUUCUGUACUACCUAUGGGGUGUUAUCACUGGUCUGAUUCUGCUGAACAUCCUCAUCUCGCUGUUUUCUUCAGCGUAUUCGGAUGUCGUUGAUGACGCUGAAGCCCAAUAUCUGGCGUUCUUUGCCAGCAAGACGGUCGGGAUGAUCCGCGCGCCAGACGAAUUCGUGUUCCCCUCCCCGUUCAACAUCAUCGAAGUCCUUUUCCUGAUUCCGUUCGAAUUAUGCGGCCUCAGCCGCAAGUCCUACGCGAAACUGAACCGAUUUGUCAUGAUCACCGUGUUCUUCGUGCCGCUCGCCAUGAUUGCGCUGCACGAAUCGCUUACAGAAGAGAGCAGACACACUUGGAUGAAGCACUGGCUCAGUGGCGAUAACGAAGGCGAGGACGAGCGACCUGAGCACCACGAUCCGGUGGUCGAUGACGAUCCCGUCGGCCGCGUGAUCAGCAAAGUUCCUUUCGAGGAUGUCGUCAAGGCUUUCCCUGAUACCAACCAGUCGAGCGAGGCACUGAUGAUGACCGAGAUCACCCAAUUGCGAAAGCAGCUGGCAGCGCUUUCAGAGAGAUUGAAUAGCAUCGGGAACUAAGGACAUCUAGUGAUUCUAAUUGCCAUACGGUCUACUCGGAUAAUUGUUGCAGUGGUUCUGGAAUGCCUGUUCUUGCGACGGAAGUCUGUUGCCACGAGAGUUGUAUGCGCUAGCUCCAGCUGGCACACUUUUGUCUGAGGCCCAACGACCAUCUUGCUGGCGUGGUUCGUAGCGAGGCUGGGGUCGACCGUUCAACUGGAAGCGAUCAGAUUUCAUCGCCCCGAUACCAAAACUGUUCGAAAGCGGCAUCGGUGCAAACGUGUCGGGCGGUGAAUGGACAAAGUUGAAGUCUUCGCGAGCGGCUGCCAUGUUAUUGCUGUGUCUCAGACCAGUCCAGUCGAGGUUAUCCGUGUGCGACGAGUAACCGAAAGUAGCCGGGGCUUGGGUCUGCUGAUGCUGCUGAAUGUUGUUCGGAUUGUUGCUGUUCUUCGGAGCGACAUGCAUGUGCGUUGAUUCAUUAUGAGAGGCGACGUUGACCCGGUCGCGGAAAGGGGAUUGCUCGGGCACCAACGUUCCACCGAAGACGUCUUUCGCUUUGUCCUGGUGAUCAUUCUUGCUUGCAUUCUCGUUGUGCUGCAACCAUGGAUCGUGGGUGGACAUCCGUGCCCAAGAGGUCUUUGGCACGACAAUUUGAGGUUGACCUCUGUCAUCCCGCGAGGAUGGCUGCCCGGCAGUGGGCGGAGUGAGCAAUGUCCAGGUAUCAGCACGUUCAGAUGGGCUCGAAGACGACGAGGCUUUGUCCGGAUGUACCUGUGCAGAAAACGGGAGCUGAUUCACUGCUGCUCCGUACCCACGGUCCUGUCGACCCAGAUGCGCAUUCUUGUCUGGCUGAGCUUGGUGCGGCGCAUUCCGGUGCUGUGCAAAGAGCGGUGCGCCAGCCUUUGUGGUCGGCACUGAAGAUGGACAUUGUUCCUUCGCUGUCUCCCAUGCGCCGUUGGGGGCUGACAAAAGCGCAUCGCCACGUGAUUGGAGUGCGACCCAACUGUCGUCCUGAUGCUCAGCACUUACAUGUGUCGGAGCUUUGAUAUCGUUCCGAGGAGGUCGACUCUCAGCUUGUCUUGUAUUCGUCUGUGUACUGCUGCAGUCACUAGCACGGCGGCCACGAUGCCCUGUGGGCUUACGAUUCCGCUUUCCUCUUCUAUGUUCGUGCUUAGAUUUGUCGGACGCUCGGUUGGAAUUACGUUGAUGAGAUGCGGGGUGGGGUGCCUCAGGCUCGUCCGGAGCCAGGGCCCAGUUUGGACAGUCCGCAGUAUGCGCUGAAGUAGCCUCGACAUUUUGAAUGGGUGGGAGCUCGACAUGUUUCUUGUUUGGUGCUCCAGCAAGCGGUUCAGCCAAUACAACCGCAGCGAGAUCGGGAUAUCUAGUGGCGAUCUGACCUAAUGAAGGAAACGUCCAUGCAGCACAAAGUGAGAACACCCACAUUGGUUGCAUCGGCAUAGGUGUUGGGAGGAACUUGGAUUGGCCCGUCGGAUGUGUCCAAAACCACACUCGAACCUUCAUUGAUGUAGGCAUUCGAUAUAUCCUGAAUCAUCCCAACCUAAAUCAACCAAGGAGCACAAACGCACGGCUGACUGACCUCUGUGCGUUUGUUUCUCUUCGUCACCAGGACUGAUUCUUCGUCCAUCAGCUGUGAAAGACCUCAGCCCACGAUCGAAAGAAUGAUGCAACUACACACCGAAUCACUAAUGAUUGAAUCGUUCGUGAGAUCAAAAGAGGCGUAUGGAGUCGACGACGCGAUGGCUCCUUCCGCAGUGAAAUCAACGAGUGAGUCUUCUCGAGUGAGUGCAGAGAUUGGACUAGCAGCGACAGAUCCUGGUGUCACCGUGGCAGUCGCGUCCGUCACUGGUGGAGGGGUGGGUGGCGCAGAGAUGCGGACGAUCACGGGGUUUGCAGGAGCCCAGAGGACAUCGCCCGGUUCAAGCUUCUUCAUAGGUUCUUCCAAGGCAGACUAGACGGGCGUUCAACGAGCGAGCAAUGUUCAAUGCUGAACACGUACUAUGGGCAGUGGACCCUUCGGUGCAGGGCUCGAUUGUCGAGAGACCGUGGGAGAGGGAGGAUGGGGAAAGAAAUGGGACAUCUGGUCGAGAGGCAGAUCUGAAGAUAGUUCGAAAGUAGGUGGCAGAGACGUGUCCGAUAUUGGGAUAGAGGUGUUGGCUGGGCCCGCACACGGCGAGCGAGCGUUCUGAUCAUCGGUACUCGCUUUGAGCUUGGAUUGGUGCAU